AUGCCUUUGCGAAUAGGUAGCUUCAACGUGUGCUGCUACCACGACUGCACCAAUGCAACGGCGAUUCACGCAGAGCUGAAGCGACGCCACAUCGACGCCGCCGUCGUGGAUCACGCCUUUCUGAUCUCGCCGCUGCAGCUGGCCGUGGCGCUGUUUCGGGUGGAGGCAAGUACGGACAUGGCGACAUCCCGGUCACCGUUCACCUUUCCUUCUCCCCUCGCGGCGGCAUCUUCGCUGUCGUCAGCGUCGACAAGCGCGCCACCAUCACUGCCGCCGCUGCUUCACCAGCAACCGGCGCGUCGAGUUUCGAACAGUCGUCAAAUUUUUGCUGCUCUGUCCCUCUCACACAACUUGGACCGCAUUCUGCAGGUGCUCCCCCCAGGGCCGCAGACAACCAGCGUGGUGAUUAUCUACAAGCGCUCUGGCAGCGCGCGUGCUGCUGCCGUGUCCUUUGCAGACGAUGUGGGGGCUGACAGUGCGGUGGCAUCCACGGUGAAGGACGGCGAUGGCCUCGAUACCACCAUCCACGCCUGUGUGCAGCUGACGAACAGCGCUGCGCAGCCGCACAUGUUUGCGCGCAUCACGGAACCCUUCUGGACCGGCGCCGCCUUUGCCUUUGCCGACGUGUCGAAGGUGGCUCUCUUCUACGGCAUCUCAGAAUCCAUGCUCCUCGCCGCCCAGCGCAGCAUGACCCGUGACGACGUGCAUCGCGUGUGCGUCGGCGCGGAGUCGCAGGAGGCGCAGGCGCAGGUGCUCCGGUGGCACGCAUUGGAAGUCUGCGUGACGACGCUGCUGUCUGCGUGCACGGCGUAG